CCACCUCCGCGGUGCCGAUGUGCUGUGCCUCUCUCCCUUAUCGUUCUGAUCCUGCCUGUUUCAGCCACGCCUCUUCUCCGACCUUUGCUCCUCAGUCCAGGCUUGUUUUCCUGUGGACCCAGGAACCUCCAGCUCACUUUCACUCGCUGCCUGCCUUUCCUGACACCUCAUCAUGUGCACAGGAAAGUGUGCCCGCUGCGUGGGGCUCUCCCUCAUCCCCCUCUCCUUGGUCUGCAUCGUGGCCAAUGCCCUCCUGCUGGUGCCUAAUGGACAGACCACCUGGACCGAUCACCUCAGCUUGCAAGUCUGGCUCAUGGCUGGCUUUAUUGGAGGGGGCCUGAUGGUACUAUGUCCCGGAAUUGCAGCAGUUCGGGCCGGGGGCAAGGGCUGUUGUGGUGCAGGCUGCUGUGGAAAUCGCUGCAGGAUGCUGCGCUCGGUCUUCUCCUCGGCGUUCGGGGUGCUUGGUGCCAUCUAUUGCCUCUCGGUAUCGGGAGCCGGGCUCCGAAUUGGACCCAAAUGCUUAAUCGACGGCAAGUGGGACUACCACUUCGAAAGUACCACAGGUUCUUACUUGCUCAAUGACACUCUGUGGAAUUCGUGCGAGAAGCCACCUAACGUGGUCCCCUGGAAUGUGACACUCUUCUCGCUGCUGGUGGCCGCCUCGUGCCUGGAGAUUGUGCUGUGUGGGAUACAGCUGGUGAACGCGACCAUUGGCGUUUUCUGUGGCGAUUGCAGGAAAAAGGAGGGCACCCCUCACUGAGGAUCCACUGACAGCCAAGUUACACCUGCUGGUUUCUGGAGGCGCACCUGGUUUGUCCACACCCUGAUUCUCUUGAAUAAACUGCUUUGAGCUCUCA